AUGGCACCUGUCAGACUGGGAUUCUGCCACUUGCUGCUGCUCCUGCUGCUGGGGCUCUGGGUAGCCGAGAUCCCAGUGAGUGCCAAGCCCAAGCACGUGACAUCGUCUCAGUGGUUUAAAAUCCAGCACGUGCAGCCCAGCCCUGAAGCGUGCAACUCAGCAAUGGACAAGAUCAACAAGGAAACAAAACGGUGUAAAAAUCUCAACACCUUCCUGCACAAAUCCUUCUCCAAUGUGGCCGCCACCUGCCAGAACCCCGUCAAGACCUGCAAGAACAAACGUAAAAACUGCCACAAGAGUCGCGGGCCUGUGUCCCUGACCCUGUGUGAGCAUACCUCGGGGAAGUACCCAAACUGCAGGUACAAAGAGAAGCACAUGAAGGCAUCUUACACGGUGGCCUGUGACCCUCCCCAGAAAGGGGACACUAGGAAAUUCCGCCUGGUGCCUGUGCACUUGGAACCUCUUUAG